AUGAAGCUGCUUAGAACUUUGAAUUAGAGAUAUAGGAAUAUAUAAUAAAGAAUAGAGGACAAAUACUUCCGUCUAUCGGACUCUAACGCUCUUGCUUCUUCUAAAAUACAUGAUUUGGCUCCUAGUUUGUUCAAAAAGACCACUCCAUCUGAGAGAGAUCUUAGAAUUUAAGACGCAAAGGGCAAAGAUUUCGUUGUGCCUUUUAUAAAAAAUGAUAAUUUUGUCAGUCUAAUGCAAAAAUGCAUGUUUUCUUUCAAGAAUAUAUACUCUGAGAAUAUAAAUGCAAGGAAUUUAUGCUUUGUCACUGGUGCCACUAAAUAAGGAAAGUCUUGGUUCUUAAGAUAUAACAUCAGGAAAUUCCAAAACUCAUCACAAGACCCCUUAGUGGUUUAUUAUGACUUUAGAGAGUAAGGAAUUGUCAGCUUUGACAUGUUUUUAUUCUCCUUUGAGAAAGCAAUUAUAGAUUCACUCGCUAAUAAAAAUUAAUAAAUGCUUUAGAAAAAGAAUCAGCCUAUAAUCUCUGAGUCUGAGUUUAUGAAAGUAGUCUAUAGAUUUUAUGAUAAGAACUUGUUUGAAUAAGACUUGGCUAAGUGUAUCGACAAAGCUACUAACAAUUAUUAAGACAAAAAGGAAUUGAGAUCAUACUUAGAUAAGUAUAGAAUUAAGGACUAUAGAGAAACUCCAAUAAUCGAUAACCUAGAUAAAAUAUGUGAGAUCAUCUCUAGAUCAUACUAAAAUGAUUAAUUUAAAGCAAGACUACUUCUAGUUUAUGAUGUUGUAUUGAGAAAAGAACAAGAGAAAAAGCCUGCAUAAUUUUAUCACUCAAGCCAGUUCAGAUCAGGUAUUGAAGUGAUGAAUUUUUUGUUUGAUUUAAUCAAUCAUAUUGCUGGCUACACGCAUAAGUAUUACGGAGAACACAUCGACGUGAUAAACUAAUUGCAGUUGGUCCAAAAAUACAGAUAAGAGAAAGAGACCUUCAAAGACAACAUAAAUUAGAGUGAUCUACUAGGCGAUAAAUACUUGCACUGUCUAAUUGUAAUGGAGAGCGUUUAGGAAUUAUAUAACAUGAAAUCUUGUGGUAACCUAGCAAUUGAUUAUUUUGAUAGUCUCCUUCUUAGAUUGCAUAACAGCUAGCCUCUUUGGUAUCGCAAUCAUUUCCCAGUGAUAAUGGAAUCAAAUAUGAGUCAUUACCUAAAUGAAGAAAUUUAUAAUGACCUUUAAUAGCCAGACUACGUUAUUCCAACAGUUGAAAUGCUUGGUUUUGAAAUGGAGGAUAGAGCUACUUUGAUGGAACCAAUCUUUAACAGAGAUCAGAUGAAGGCAAUUAAUAGAAAACUUGGACCAUCAAUGUAUUUCAUAACAGUUUUUACUGAACUGAAUAAACUUUACUUGCAUCCUGAGUUAGGUGAUCUCUUGGAUAAUGGAGAUAUUGAUUAUGCCAUACUAGAUGCUCUUGAAGAAUUCUCCAACAAGGCUAAAUUUUACCUCGAUAUUAGCAACUAUCACACACUUUAAGAGUUCAUGAAAUAUCCAAUUAUCAGAGCUCUACUCAGCAAUAACAUCCUUUAUAAAAGCAAGUACUAUAACAUAUUGCACAUUGAACACUAAUUUUACGUUCCUAUUCUAAGAGAAUAUGUAAAGGAGAAAAAGUCUAAAAUGACUAAGUACGAAUUCCUAAGAUACAGAUGGUACAGAAAGGUAAACGGCAUAAAAAUUGGUUCUAUUUACUCUGGAGUAAAGCCACUCUUCAGAUAAAAAGCUAGUUAAUAAACGAGACUAGGAAAUCAAGACACAUUCGAUUUUCAGAGAUUGUACUAUGAGUCUGCUACAUUUGAAGAUCAGUAUGCCCAAAAUUUUUAUAUGUGA